AUGUCCUGGGAUACACGAUCCAUAGGCUCAACCAGCGAUGAGUAUCUCAGCAUCACGUCAGACACAUCAUCCUUCUCUACCCCUUCCUCUCCGACAAGUGAGAAGACCGAGUGGUUCGAGAGGAGUGAUGAAGGAAGAAUCUUAUCCACUGGUAGCGCGGAUGUUAUCGACUUUGCUGUGGACGAUGCCGAUGUUAGUACUCCGGAUAAGUGGGUUCGUCGCGAACCCAGCAUGAUUCGACUUAUGGGGAAACAUCCAUUCAACUCCGAAGCCCCACUCGACAAACUCUUCGCUGCUGGUUUCCUCACUCCCACGUCCCUCUUUUACGUACGCAAUCAUGGUGCCGUCCCUUACGUGGACGCCGAUCGAGCCACGAAUUGGAGAUUGCGUAUUUACGGAUUGGUCGAACGUGAAGCGGAGUUCUCGAUCGACGAUCUAAAGGGUAUGUUUCAAGUCGUCACUCUCCCCGUCACCUUGGCUUGCGCUGGAAACAGACGAAAAGAGCAAAACGUCGUCAAAAAGAGCGUUGGGUUCAACUGGGGUCCAGCGGGCGUUUCCACUGCGCUCUUCACAGGUGUUUACACUCGCCGACGUACUCAACUACGUGCGCCCCUUCGUCCAACUUUGGCAAAACAUCAUGUCGUAUUCGAAGGAGCCGAUACGGAUUUGCCCAAUGGACCUUAUGGAACGUCUCAGACACUGAGAGAUGCUGCGAACGUUGAGAAAGGGAUGAUGAUCGUGUGGGGAAUGAAUGGGAAAGCGAUACUACCCGCACAAGUGACUACCCAACAAGCCCGUGAUGAAAAACACUGGUGGUACAAUAGGAAUUACCUUAUCAACGAUCUCAACGUCAACAGCGCUAUAGCACAGCCCAGUCACGACGAAAUAGUGGAACUCUCGAAGCCGACGAGAGCAUCGUACGAUAUCAGAGGGUACGCUUACUCUGGAGGAGGGCGGGGAGUCAUACGAGUGGAGAUCUCGCUGGAUCAUGGUGACUCGUGGAAGAUCAGUGACAUAGUGUAUCCAGAGGAUCUGUACCGAACGGUGGCACUUGAGAGCAAGUUUUACGGAACGCUGGACUUGACUGAGCGUGACACUAGUUUCUGCUGGUGCUUCUGGAAGUAUACUGCAUCCAUCGAGGAGCUAUCGAAGAGUGAUGUGAUAAUGGUCAGGGCCAUGGACGAAAGUCUUGGAAUUCAACCACAGGAUAUGUAUUGGACUGCCACCGGAAUGAUGAACAACUGGUGGUUCCGUGUUGCUGUCCACCACGAGGUCAAGGACGGCGCAAAUAUUUUACGCUUUGAGCAUCCAACGUUAGCUGGUGUAGCCCCUGGUGGAUGGAUGGAGCGAACUAAAAAUGCUGGCUUGAAUCCUUUAAUACCAGAAUUUGGUGCUCCUAAAGCUAAAGAGCAAAAUAACCACGACGCUGUUUCUCAUCGGCCUCAAUCUCUGGAAAGGCGCGAACAGGUUGCUAGCAUGACUAACUCCGAAGCGACCCGGGUUAUUCCAAUGGAUGAACGCCUCUCACUGACUAUAGGCGAAAAAAGGAAAUCCGUCUUUAGUAUCGUGGAUGGGAACGUUUACGAUGGCAUGGGUUUCUCCGAGGAGCAUCCGGGAGGUGCAGACUCGAUUCGGUUAGCCUCAGGCUCAGGCGAGGCAGAUGCUACGGAAGAUUUCGUUGUUAUUCACUCCGACGAUGCGAGAACCAAGUUGAGAAAGUUCCACAUUGGGAAGCUUCAAGAUAAUGCUGCCACUGAACAACUACUAGGAGACGACACUGGCGUAGUACCCGACGACCCCUCGUCCGUAUUCUUGGAUCGACUAAAAUGGAAGAUAGCCUCCCGGGCCCUUGUCAAAAUUACCAGUGUCCCACACAAUUCCUUCAUCUACCGCUUUGCGCUCGAAUUACCAGAGCAACCCUUGGGAUUGCCUGUCGCCAGCCAGCAGACCGUGUUUGCUCGAUUGCAAGGGAAGACGACAACUGGCCGGAGAUGGUCCAACGAGCGUACACUCCCGCCGUCUCACAACUGGGCGAACAUCAUGGUCGUAUUGAUUUACUGGUCAAUCAGUUCCUAUGAGCUUGUUGUUGUUGGCGAUACCGUAGAGCUCAAAGGGCCUCUCGGUUCUUCAAUCGUCUGGGGAGGCAAAGGCAAUGUGAUUUAUGGAAAGGUGCUAUCCCUCGAGGAAGACGAGAUCUGGGCCGGGGCCUCAUCCACGGGGGAAGUGGAAUCACUCCUAUUCUUCAAGUCCUUUGCAACGUUCUUCACGACAAAGAAGAUUUCGGAGACGCAUCUUUACCUCCUCGACGCAAACAAAAUCGAUAAAUCCCAAGCUCAGGAUACCAGUAUCACCAAGGGGACGACUAAAGAUAACGCCAUACGCCUAGCUAGUCGACCACCGCCCGUCGAAUGGGCUUCCGGUCCUCCAACGGAUGAUGCGAUGGUAUUUGUGUUAUGCGGGCCUAAUGGUGCAAGUAGCACGGAGAGGUACUACUAG